AGGACCCCACGUCGCCCGCCCGCCCGCCCACCCUCCUCCUUCACAUAUCUUUCUCCUCCGCGCAAACCUCCCAAUCUUCUUUCCUCCCCUCCCCCAUUCACACAGGUCUUUUUCUUGUCUUGUGCAAUCCAAAAUCUUUCAAAAUGGCGGACGAGGUUUACGAUGGUGCCAUUGGCAUUGACUUGGGAACCACCUACUCUUGCGUUGCCACGUACGAGGGUACCAAUGUCGAGAUCAUUGCCAACGAGCAGGGUUCUUUCACCACCCCUUCUUUCGUUUCUUUCACCGACAAGGAGCGUCUGAUCGGUGAGGCUGCCAAGAACCAGGCUGCUAUGAACCCCGUCAACACCGUCUUCGAUGUCAAGCGUCUCAUCGGUCGCCGCUUCGAUGACCCCACCGUCAAGAAGGACAUCGAGUCCUGGCCCUUCAAGGUUGUCGACGACGGUGGCAACCCCAAGGUCCAGGUCGAGUACCUCGGCGAGACCAAGACCUUCUCCCCCCAGGAGGUCUCCUCCAUGGUCCUCCUCAAGAUGAAGGAGAUUGCCGAGGUCAAGAUCGGCAAGAAGGUUGAGAAGGCUGUCAUCACCGUCCCCGCCUACUUCAACGACAACCAGCGUCAGGCCACCAAGGAUGCUGGUGCCAUCGCUGGCCUCAACGUCCUCCGUAUCAUCAACGAGCCUACCGCUGCCGCCAUUGCCUACGGUCUUGGUGCCGGCAAGUCUGGCAAGGAGCGCAACGUCCUCAUCUACGACUUGGGUGGUGGUACUUUCGAUGUUUCCCUCCUCAACAUCCAGGGUGGUGUCUUCACCGUCAAGGCUACUGCUGGUGACACCCACUUGGGUGGUCAGGACUUCGACACCAACCUCUUGGACCACUGCAAGAAGGACUUCCAGCGCAAGACCAAGAAGGACCUCUCCGGCGACCCCCGUGCCCUCCGUCGUCUUCGCACUGCUUGCGAGCGCGCCAAGCGUACUCUCUCCAGCGGUGCCCAGACCACCAUUGAGAUCGACUCUCUCUUCGAUGGUGAGGACUACACCACUCAGCUCACCCGUGCCCGUUUCGAGGACUUGAACGCCAAGGCCUUCAACGGCACCCUCGAGCCCGUUGCCCAGGUCCUCAAGGACGCUGGCAUUGAGAAGAGCGGCGUUGACGAGAUUGUCCUCGUCGGUGGCUCUACUCGUAUCCCCCGCAUCCAGAAGCUCUUGUCCGAGUUCUUCGACGGCAAGAAGCUCGAGAAGAGCAUCAACCCCGAUGAGGCCGUCGCCUACGGUGCCGCCGUCCAGGCCGGUAUCCUGUCCGGCAAGGCCACCUCCGCCGAGACCGCCGACCUUCUCCUGCUCGACGUCUGCCCCCUGUCCCUCGGUGUCGCCAUGGAGGGCAACAUCUUCGCCCCCGUCGUUCCUCGCGGCCACACAGUUCCUUGCCUCAGAAAACGCACCUUCACCACUGUUGCCGACAACCAGCAGACCGUCCAGUUCCCCGUUUACCAGGGUGAGCGUGUCAACUGCGAGGACAACACCUCCCUGGGUGAAUUCACUCUUGCUCCUAUCCCCCCUAUGAGGGCUGGUGAGGCCGUCCUCGAGGUCGUCUUCGAGGUCGACGUCAACGGUAUCCUCAAGGUCACCGCCACUGAGAAGACCUCUGGCCGCUCCGCCAACAUCACCAUCUCCAACUCCGUUGGCAAGCUCUCUUCCCACGAGAUUGAGAGCAUGAUCUCUGCCACUAACAGAUCGUCAGACGCCGAGAAGUUCAAGUCCAACGACGAGGCCUUCAGCAAGCGCUUCGAGGCCAAGCAGCAGCUUGAGUCCUACAUCGGACGCGUUGAGGAGAUCAUCUCCGACCCUACCCUGUCCCUCAAGCUCAAGCGUGGCCAGAAGGACAAGAUCGAGCAGCAGGUCUCCGAGGCCAUGGCUGCCCUCGAGAUCACCGACGCUGGUGCCGACGACCUCAAGAAGCAGGAGCUCGCCCUCAAGCGUCUUGUGACCAAGGCCAUGUCCUCCCGAUAA